CGGGCAGCGCUCUAGCGGGAAGCAGUGAAAGCUUCAGUCUGCAAUCCACCGCAAGUCAUUUCAGUCGUACUCGCAGCCAGUCGCGGGCUCUACGAGCAGUCCUGUUCGUGUAGAAUUGUGACAGUUGUAAUUCCGUUGUGAAUGCAGUGGUAUGUGACGUAAAAUGGAUUCAUGGAACUAACUGAACCAUCCUGCAAACUUCAGAAAUCGCGGAUGAGAUGGUGAAGAAGCUCGGGAAGCACCACUACCUGGCGACCCAGACCCCACAGUAUCCAGAGUCUCUCCAUAGAGGAUAUUCUACAGAUGGAGAAGACAGCCAGCGUGCCGCUUCGGAUAGGACGAUGUCGGAGUACACAGUUACCAAUGAGCGCGCCAGGGUGAUGCCGCCACCGCGCAGACAUCGCAGCAAGUCGCGAGAGAGGGAGCGGCGAUCUAGGAGUGAAGAACGGCAACAAUACACGGACCAGGAGGGUUCUGAUAUCUAUGUAACCAGCGCUGCCUACCGUGCCCCCUCUGAGAUCAGCCGAGGGUCUCGUUACAGCCGCCACAGUCGGAACACGCCAAGUCACUACUCGUACCGAGCCCCAAGCGAGGUCUCCACCAUAAAAACUAAGGUGGAUCACAAACGAGGGCUUGUCAUCGAGACCAUGUCCGCCCCCAACCCUUUCUGCCCCCACACGAGGGGGAUGUGUUGUCUCAUGCUGUUACUCAACUUGGGUCUCAUCCUCGUCACCCUGGGUAUCGUCAUUGUUGUCCAGUUCUUCCAGCCAGUGUUUGUCUGGAUCCUAGGGAUUGUGUUCCUGAUAUUCGGGUUCCUCACACUUGUCGGCAGUCUGAUAUACUGUGUGGCUAUCUGUCGCGACGCCAAGACUCCAGCACAGGUCGCUGCCGAGGACCAUCACUGGACGCGGCACUGGUCAGGCAACAUCGGGUCUCCUCCAGAGAUACACUACCGAGCAGACGACAAGUACAGCGAUCGUUACUGAGACACUCUGCGCCGACACUGGACCUUCGGGGAGUUGUACAAGGAAUAUAUUUAUAGUGUUAAAGUUGACGAGGUCGAUUUGAAAAUAUCCCACAAGAAAUAAAAGUCUACUGGAAGGAAACUGAUAAAUUUCCAAUAAACUAUAAAAAUCAGUUAUUUGAGAAAAAAAUUCAUCAUAAAAUAAAAUCUCCAAAAAUGCAGGUUUUCUUCUAUUUCUAACUCAAAAAUUUAGUAAAUCCCUUUACUUGCACAAUCUCAGCAUGAUUGACGCAAAUUUUUGACAGGAAAUAGCUUUGUUAACAUUGUUAUACUAGUUAAGAUGGUACACUGGUCAGUGACCUGUUACUGAAUUGUCAAAAAUAUGAUUAUAUGCCAAUAAUAUUAAUUUAUAAUUAUUUAUAUUUAUUAUAUAUUUUUCCACAAGAAACUCUAUUUAGAAUAUAAGUUAUAAACCAUGGGUAUUAACAGAUAAUCAUAUUUUUAAUAAUUCGAUAGCAUUGAGAUACUAAAAUCGUAGUUUUUAAAGAAAAACCUUUAUGAAUUUGAGAUGAGUUUCUAUUCGCAACACAGUUUGAUACUUUAUUCCCAUAUUAAAAGCGUAGCCUCAGAUGCGUGGCCGGCAGCUAACUUGCGUGCCCUUUUAAACCUGUCUUAUAUAACAAAUCUACUUGUAUAAAUAUUUUCUAUUCUAUAAAAGUUCAAACAAAAAUAGUUCGUUAACACGUUCACGGAUUAUUUCCAGAUUUUGUUAUUUGCAGUAGAAUUUUUAAAUAAUAAUGGAAAAAAAAAAAACCGUAAUAUAUUUUUACGUUAAACGUUUAAGUAUAACAAGCAAAGUACAGUAUGUAGGCUUCGCAAUUUUGCACAAAAUAAUAUUUUAUUAUUUUAUUUUAAUGUUUAUAUACCUUAAGGGGUUCCUACAAAAUUAAUUUACCUCAAAAAUUAAGAAAUGGGUGUGUCACACGAUAGUCUGAGAUAUUUAUUUAAGUGCAAGAUCAAAUUUAACAAACCAUCAAGACAGGCAAGCCAUAAAAACGCAAUAAGGAAAUGAAUAGCAACGUGUACCCCAUUGGGCACAUGACAUGCUUUACGAAUGCUUGAUAUGUACCCGAUCUGGUACACGACAAAAGUUGUGAAAGUUCGCGGGUACCCGAUGGGGUACAAAUUGUCGUGAAUGUGUUAAGAACAUCCUGACAUAUAAUUUCUUUUUCUCUAAUUUUGGUUUUGUUAUAUUUUAAGAAGUAUGAUUUAAUUCCAGAUGGUUAAGCAUAUUACUAGUAACAUUAACUCACUUCUAAGUCAUAUCCGCAAAGAACAUUUCCUACACAGUAGAUAUUGGGCUAAUGGGAAAGCUGUACAAAUUUCCACAAGCUGCUUUGGUUUGAAUUCCAGCACAUUUCAGCAAUGCAGACUCAGCAGUUGCUUAGUGGGUUCAUAUUAAAAAUCUAAAAGUAUCGCUUAUUACUAAAUUUACAAAUUACUAAUUUUUUCGCUGUCAUCACUCUUCCAUUGCAUCUUUUACUCAUAACAGUACGACUGCAUUCAAAAUUUAGUUGACAUUCCUGAACUCAUAUAAAUGGUUUAUGUGGUUUACCUACUUUUAAAAGCAAUUUGACUUUUCAUCGCAAUGUUCAAAAGUUGCAGAAGUAAUCUGUAUUCAUUUUGUAAAUCAAGAGUUAGUUUUAAGAUACGGAAGUGUACUUAAAUGUGAAUUGUUGUGUUAUCGUUUCACCUCGCUGGAUUUUGGUGCUUUGAAAACUCUGUGAUCUUAUUUUAUUAAUUAGAAAAACAUGUCACUAGUUUUGAAAAUGUGUAGAUAUUUAUAAAGAAAUUAUUUUGUAUAUAAUAGACUACUAGAGUUAUAUUUAACUUUAACUGCUCUAAUAUCCUAUUUUUAGCCUAAUUGUUUAUUUUCUUGUUUAUUCACUUUCUAACUUUUUAAACCAGGGUCUAUCUGCCAGUUAGCAGCUUACUUGACCCAAAUUCACUGUAAUAAUAGUUACAAAAAUUACUUGACCUCUCUACCAACAAAAAUCUCUUUUCUCUUCUAUAUGAGCAAAACGUUUUAGGCUGCGUUGAAGUUUGAGGUUUCUGCAGAUUUAUUAUUUAUUACUUAUAUUUAUGCAACAAUAUAAAUAUAUGUUUUCACUGGAACUAACUAAAAUUAAAAAUUGUUACAUUUAUCUCACAUGAAGAAAAAAUAAUAUAAUGUACUUUUUGUGUGUUACUAAUUUCUAACUAAUUUAAAUACCAACUGUUUUUGUUUCAGAAUUGUGUAUAACUGAACAUAAUAAACUGUAAUUAAUAAUUAGCACGUUAAAAUUCAUCUUUAUGAUUGUAAAUACAGUAAUAAAUUAUGUAUUAUGUAAUAUUUAUAAAGAUCAUUAAAAUACAUUUAUAACUCAA